CUGACGGAUACAAGUUUCGAGGUACUUUUGACCCUGUGGCGGGUUCUCGUUGUGGGAGUCGUGUGGACCGAAGAAAUCUGCGGUCAGUGUCACGGUGUCUUGCUGAGCCACAGCAUCGCCGGUCUCACUCGUUAAUCGUUUCGGACACGUUAUUUGGAAAACGAGACAUGUCGUCGAGGGUGGUGAAGAAUCAUCCAAAGUUGAAUGGCAGCGUGGACGGCAGGGAGACCUGGUCCGGCAAAGUCGACUUCCUCUUGUCUGUCAUUGGAUUCGCCGUUGACCUUGCCAAUGUCUGGAGAUUUCCUUACCUGUGCUACAAAAAUGGCGGCGGGGCCUUUCUGGUUCCAUAUUGUAUAAUGUUGGUGGUAGGAGGAAUUCCACUAUUUUAUAUGGAGCUUGCCCUGGGUCAGUUCAAUCGAAAAGGCGCAAUAACUUGUUGGGGUCGUUUGGUGCCACUCUUGAAAGGAAUUGGAUACGCAGUGGCACUAAUCGCGUUCUACGUAGACUUCUACUAUAACGUAAUCAUUGCCUGGGCGUUGAGAUAUUUCUUUGCCUCGUUCUCCAGUCUUCUGCCUUGGACCACCUGCGACAAUCCGUGGAACACGCCACAUUGUCGCGCGUUCGAUGCCAAUAUUUCUUACACGUUCGACGAUGUAUCUCUCGAUUCUACAGACUUUAGCAAUUCAUCCUUAAUUGAGGAACAUUCGGACAGAGGUUCGAAUCAAGGCUAUAACAACACGUGGUACACAAGCGCUGCACAGGAAUACUUCAACCGAGCUAUUCUGGAACUUCAUGAAAGCGAAGGUUUGCAUGAUCUUGGAACAAUUAAAUGGGACAUCGCGCUGUGUCUGCUGGUGGUCUAUGUGAUUUGUUACUUUUCUUUGUGGAAGGGUAUUUCUACUUCUGGCAAGGUAGUUUGGUUCACGGCGUUGUUUCCCUAUGCUGUUCUACUAAUUCUACUUCUACGAGGAGUCACGUUGCCGGGAAGCUUAGAAGGAAUUCGCUACUACCUCAACCCGAAUUUUUCUGCCAUCACAAAAGCAGAGGUCUGGGUAGACGCUGCAACGCAGGUGUUUUUCUCCCUCGGGCCGGGUUUUGGGGUGCUCCUGGCUUAUGCGAGUUACAAUAAAUAUCACAACAACGUUUACAAGGACGCUUUAUUAACCAGCCUGAUAAACAGCGCGACAUCCUUCGUCGCUGGUUUUGUGAUUUUUUCUGUACUAGGCUACAUGGCAAGAGCAAGUGGAAAAUCUAUCCAGGAUGUAGCAACUGAAGGACCCGGUCUAGUGUUUAUCGUCUACCCUGCUGCUAUCGCUACUAUGCCUGGAUCGAUGUUUUGGGCGCUCAUCUUUUUCAUGAUGUUGCUUACAUUGGGACUGGACAGCUCGUUCGGGGGCUCUGAGGCGAUAAUAACUGCUCUGAGCGAUGAGUUUCCAAUUAUCGGGAAUAAUCGUGAAAUUUUCGUCGCUUCGCUUUUCACACUAUAUUUCCUCGUUGGUUUGGCCUCGUGUUCCCAGGGUGGCUUUUACUUCUUCCACCUACUGGAUCGAUAUGCAGCAGGAUACUCGAUGCUGUUCGCAGUUUUGGCCGAAGCGAUCGCUGUCAGUUGGAUCUACGGAGCUGACAGAUUUUGCGCAGAUAUCAAGGAUAUGAUUGGAUUUUCACCUGGAAUCUACUGGAGAGUCUGCUGGAAAUUCGUUGCUCCAAUCUUUCUCAUGUUUAUCAUCGUUUAUGGUUUAAUGGGUUACGAACCACUGACUUACGAGGAUUACGUGUACCCAGUCUGGGCAAAUGUAUUAGGCUGGCUAAUUGCGACUUCCUCAAUUGCCAUGAUACCCGGCAUCGCAAUUUACAAGAUCAUCGUCACGCCCGGCGGUUUCAUUCAGAGAUUGAAGAUUCUCACCACUCCCUGGAGAGACACUCAGCAAAGAAACGCAGACUUGUCUUCAGUAGCGAAUGGCGCUGUUCGACGUAGUUUCAUCGCAGACCAGGAUUUAAAUCUGACCAAGGAACAACAGGACCUGACCAAGGAACAAACAGAAGUGAUGAUCCAAUCCAGGGAAGGUGUUAACGGAGAUCCACCCCCGGAGCCAGUCUAGGACAGUGCGGUUGUGAUUUUGCACGGUGCCCGGUUCCAAGUAUAUCUUUGCUAAUAUUCCAACGUGGGAAUGUAGUCUUACGCGAAACUAUUUGCACUG